CAACAUACAUCCACCUCCUUAUCGUCAUCGACCACCGGCAACGCCAACCGCGCAACGUGGCUCCCAGGGCGACCUUGUACAUAUGAGCCGUUUGCGUAGCAUCUAGCAGUCAUGGCGUCAACGAAUAGUAUCAAGGUCGUUCUGCGGUUUCGGCCGCAGAACAGGAGGGAGAUUGAGUCGGGGGGCGAGCCGAUCGUCACGUUCGACUCGGAUGAUACGUGUAAGCUGGAUUCGCUAGAAGCUUCGGGCUCGUUCACUUUCGAUCGGGUCUUUGAUAUGGCUUCGAAGCAGUCCGAUAUCUUCGACUUCUCGAUCAGGCCUACGGUGGACGAUAUUCUUAACGGGUACAAUGGGACGGUUUUUGCUUAUGGCCAGACGGGUGCGGGGAAGUCGUAUACGAUGAUGGGAACGGACAUGGAGGAUGAACAGGGGCGAGGUGUCAUUCCGCGUAUUGUCGAACAGAUCUUCGCGAGUAUCGUGGCCAGCCCGAGCAAUAUCGAAUAUACAGUACGGGUGAGCUACAUGGAGAUUUACAUGGAGAGGAUCCGAGAUUUGUUGGUCCCGCAGAAUGAUAAUCUGCCCAUCCACGAAGAGAAGAAUAGGGGAGUUUACGUCAAGGGGUUGUUGGAGAUCUACGUCUCCAGUGUACAAGAGGUCUACGAAGUCAUGAGAAAAGGUGGGAAUUCCCGAGCAGUCGCGGCGACAAACAUGAACCAGGAAUCCUCACGAUCGCAUUCCAUAUUUGUCAUUACGAUUACGCAGAAGAACGUCGAGACGGGCUCUGCGAAGAGCGGUCAGCUCUUCUUGGUCGAUUUGGCCGGUAGUGAAAAGGUCGGCAAGACAGGUGCCAGCGGUCAGACGCUAGAGGAAGCCAAGAAGAUUAACAAGAGUUUGAGUGCCCUUGGCAUGGUUAUCAACUCGUUGACGGACGGCAAAUCGUCACAUAUUCCGUACCGUGACUCGAAGCUCACGAGAAUUCUUCAGGAAUCAUUGGGAGGUAAUAGUAGGACGACCCUCAUCAUCAAUGCCUCACCCAGCAGUUACAAUGACGCCGAGACUCUUAGCACGAUGCGAUUCGGAAUGCGAGCAAAAGCUAUCAAGAACAAGGCGAAGAUCAAUGCGGAGCUCAGCCCUGGCGAACUCAAGAUGCUGCUCAAGAAAGCUCAGGCUCAAGUCACGACGUUCGAGAGCUACGUCCAGAAUUUGGAGGGCGAAGUCCAGCAAUGGCGCAGUGGAGAAAGCGUACCCAAGGAGAAAUGGGCGCCGGCUAUCUCUGCUGGUGCCGUUCAAGGGGCAAAGGUAGAUGCUCGUGGUCCACCUCGGCCGUCGACACCGUCGCGGCUGCAGCCGGAAAGUCGUUCGGAUAGUCGAGCAGAUACACCCGCCACGGACCGUUCUAGUACCCCCUCCAUCCCCAUCGAGAAAGAUGAAAGGGAUGAAUUCUUACGGCGAGAGAACGAGCUGCAAGACCAGCUUGCCGAGAAGGAGUCGCAGAUCGCGGCUGCCGAGAAGAGCCUCAAAGACGCCAAGGAGGAGCUCUCGUACAUCAAGGAGCACUCUGGAAAGACUGGUAGAGAUAAUGAGAAACUGACUGGUGAGGUGAAUGACUUCAGGAUGCAGUUAGAACGAUUAAAUUUCGAGAAUAAAGAGGCUCAAAUCACCAUGGACAGCUUCAAGGAAGCCAAUCUAGAGCUCACGACGGAACUAGACGAGGUUAAACAGCAAUUAUUAGACGUCAAGAUCAGUGCCCGCGAGACAAGCGCCGUUAUCGACGAGAAGGAGAAGAAGAAGGCCGAGAAGAUGGCCACGAUGAUGGCUGGCUUCGACCUCGGCGGCGAAGUCUUCAGCGAGAACGAGAGGACGAUCCAGAAAGCAAUCGAGCAAAUCGAUGCUCUUCACGAGCAGAGCUCGCUCGGUGAGGCCAUUCCACCUGAUGCUCUUGCAGAAAUCAAAACUAGACUUGUUGAGACACAGGGCAUCGUGCGCCAAGCAGAACUUUCAAUGUACGCUGCGCCCACUAACGAGACCGGGUCAAGGAGACGCGAAGAGUUGGAGGCCCGCCUCGAGGCUAUGGAGAGAGACUAUGAAGAAUUGCUAGAACGUAACUUGACCGAAGCCGAUUCGGAGGAAAUCAAGGGUAGACUCGAGAAGGCUUACGCCGACAAGAAGGACAUACAGCAGGAUAUGGUAGACGGCAUCAAGCAGGACAUCGCCGACAAGACGGCGGAGAACACGAGGCUAAAGGCAUUGGCUGAAGACUUGCAACAGAAACUCAAAUCUGGCGCCGCAGCGAACGGCACACAGGCCCCCGGGACGCCGAACGGCAAGAGCGUACAGCAGCAGAUCGCCGAGUUCGACGUCAUGAAGAAGAGCCUCAUGCGCGACCUCCAGAACCGAUGCGAGCGCGUCGUCGAGCUCGAGAUCUCCCUCGACGAGACCCGCGAACAAUACAACAACGUGCUCCGCUCCUCCAACAACCGCGCGCAGCAGAAGAAGAUGGCCUUCCUGGAGCGCAACCUCGAGCAGCUCACGCACGUUCAGCGCCAACUCGUCGAGCAGAACAGCAGCCUGAAGAAGGAGGUCGCGAUCGCGGAGCGCAAGCUGAUCGCGCGCAAUGAGCGCAUCCAGAGCCUGGAGAGCCUGCUGCAGGACUCGCAGGAGAAGCUGACGGCGGCGAAUCACCGAUUCGAAGCACAGCUCACGGCCGUCAAGGAGCGGCUCGAAGCGGCGAAGGUAGGGAGUACACGCGGCUUGGGGGGCGCGGCGGCGGCGCAGGGCGGGUUUAGCUUCUCGGGCGCGGGGGGGAGGGUUGCGAAGCCGUUGAGGGGGGGGGGAGGGGAGACGACCAUCCCGGCCGUGCAGGGGUUGCAGAAUGAGGGAGGGGGGAAUAAACGCACGUCAUGGUUCUUCUCGGGGCAGAAGUAGGAUGGGGGAGGGGACGGGGGGGAUGGUAAAUAGCAUGCAUAGAUGAGAUGACCUGAUGUAUACCCACGCGUUUUUAUUGUUUUCGAUAGGAAGAGAUGGAUUUUGGGAAGGGGGAUGGAUGAUUAGAAAGGUGGUGGGUGGGUAUUGGAUAGGACCGGGUGGGCGGUGGUGGUGGCUGGUAUACUUACACUUGCAGGCGCAGAUAUACUUGUCAUACAUACUCUCCUCACGCGAUAGCGAUACCUGAUA